CCUCCCGGCUGUGCUCGCUCUGGCGUCGGACCGGAGCCGGCUGGGGCGCGGGCGGCCCAGGAGCCGAGGCAAUGGCCUCAAAGCCUGAGAAGCGGGUCGCCUCGUCUGUCUUUAUCACCCUGGCACCCCCACGUCGAGGUGAGGCUGUGGUUGAAGGAGUGAGGGGGGCAGCUUGUGAGGCCCGGCCUGGCUGCCCCUGGAAGUCUCCUGCCCCCACGAAGGCACCUGAUGCUGGCUCGGCGGGAAGGCCCAGCCCCUGGACACCGCCUGGCAGAGCUGUGGCCACAGUGUCAGCUGUACCCGCUCAACUCUCCAAUGGAGUUGCAGGAUGUUCUCUUCCUCCUCCGACCCUGGAUGGCGAGGACGCACUACCGGACCUGGACUUCCUCCCACCUCCACCACCGCCCCCACCGGCAUACCUGCCUUCUCCUGAUGACGAGCCUUCUGCUUCAAUGGGGGCAUCACUCAUUUCGGACUUAGAGCAGCUGCACCUGCCCCCACCCCCGCCCCCACCACAGUCCCUGGUGGAGGGGCCUCCCCUCGAGCCUCGGCCCAGUCAUCUCCGGCCUUCAGAGGAACUUCCGCCUCCCCCAGAAGAGCCUCUUGGCUUCCCCGAGAGAGAGGCCUCCACAGAGUUCUUCUGGCUUCGUUUUCCACAUUGGAAAGGAUCUGGGUAUAUCUGUGCCUUCUGCCACAAGACCGUGUCCCCCCGAGAGCUGGCCGUGGAAGCCAUGAAGCGGCAGUACCACGCCCAGUGCUUCACGUGCCGCACGUGCCGCCGCCAGCUGGCUGGGCAGAGAUUCUACCAGAAGGAUGGGCGGCCCCUCUGUGAACUCUGCUACCAGGACACCCUGGAGAAGUGUGGCAAGUGUGGCGAGGUGGUUCAGGAACACGUCAUCAGGGCCCUGGGCCAGGCCUUCCACCCAACCUGCUUCACAUGUGUGACCUGUGCCCGGUGCAUCGGGGACGAGAGCUUUGCCCUGGACAACCAAAAUGAGGUGUACUGCCUGGAUGACUUCUAUAGGAAAUUUGCCCCUGUGUGCAGCAUCUGUGAGAAUCCCAUCAUCCCCCGAGACGGGAAGGACGCCUUCAAAAUCGAGUGCAUGGGAAGAAACUUCCAUGAAAACUGCUACAGAUGCGAGGACUGCAGGAUCCCCCUGUCUGUGGAGCCCACGGACCAAGGCUGCUACCCGCUGAACGACCGUCUUUUCUGCAAGCCGUGCCACGUGAAGCGGAGUGCCGCAGGGUGCUGCUGAGAGCACCCCCGGGCCUGGGGGCCCUGAGCUGCCCACUGGCCCCGGUCGGGGUCCCUUCCCUGACUCGGUUCCCCUUCCUGACCUGCUCUCACACACUUUCCUUCUGAGCCACAACAGGGACCAGUCUGUCAUGUCCGCAACAGGGCCUGAGCCACCGCAGCCCCGGCCUCCUCCCAGCUCAAAGGUAGGGGUGGCAGGAGACAGUGCCCCUCAGACUUUCACCUCCUCCUUCUCUCCUCUGGGCACUGGAAGCCUUCCACAUCAUGCCUGGGGUGCACGUCUCGAGGCUCUGGCCCCUCUUGAGCGCGUUUCCAGGGAUGAGUUGGGGCGAGUCUCCAGGUGGCACCCUGUGUCCCUAGCAGUGACACUUUAGUUGUCCCGUAGGGCGGGGUGCUGAGAUCAGCUCUGGCUUGCAGGACUGAGCCAUUUUAGUAAAACUCCAAGGUCCCCUAAAAAAGCGCUUUUUUUAAAAUGUGAGGUUUAAAUGAUGGAGAACAUUCUUUGGAUGGGGGGAGGUGGAUCUUAGUAGGAAAUGUCUCCCAUUUGUUCAUAAAUGCACAAGAAUGUGACCUGGUAGUGGCGUGGCCAUGGACUUCUCACCUGGGUGACUGGCCCAGGCCCAGCUGUGAACCUGAAGAGCAGGGGCAGGAAGAAAGGGUGAGAUAUGCUGACGCCCAGGGACACUGGCAACCCCUCCACCCUGCCUAUGGUGCUCCUGUGUGUAACAGUGAGUCAGCAGACACUGAUUAAGUCCCCCUAUUAUCUGUUGGGGAGCAAGGCGCAGGAGCUCUGAGCAUUCUCCUGGUAGCCUUGACUAGGGCCAUACACACAGCACACACACACACACACACUCCUCCAGGACAGUGCCAGCGGCUAUCCCUUUAGCCCCCUGGUUAUGCCCCUAAGUCGUACUCGGGCCCUCCUGCCCAGGCUGCCCUGUGACCACUGCCUCCUCAAGGCUUCACCUAGAAGAUUCUUCUUUUAAGGAAAAUCACUUUUAUUGCUUCGUAACUUGUAGACACUUUGUAGGGCAUGAACAAAUUAAACAAGGUGUACUUUGCUCCCUGGGGUUGUCUCGUGUACCACCCAGCCUAUGAGGAUGCCGGGCUCCACGUCCUGGGACACCUUGUGUGGAGCCUGUUAGAGGCUUCAGACCAGAGCACAGCUUCUUGCUGGAAGCUUAGAGUGACAAGCCCCCCAAACCAGGCAUCCACAUACCAUGCCCACAGUUUUUGUCAUAACCAAGGACCUACUAUUCUCUUGUUUCCUUAAUGUUUUCGUUAAACCAACAUACUUUUUUUUUAAUUCACUUCCAGCUUUAGUCUUGUGCUAAGCAAUGAUGUAUCCAUGCAGUCACAUGUUGCUGAGCUAGUUCUGAUUGUUUCCUAUUACACAUGAAAAUAAA